AUGAAGCAAGCCAGUCUCGUGUAUUCUUUGGCCAGCCCAGCACUGGUGAAAAGUCAGGCUACGGUCGCUAGCUCGGUAGACAGCAACGAUGUCCUUGACGGCUACGUGAGCUAUAGCAUCGAAUUCUCAAGCUUCCCAGAGUUUGCAGGAAACGAUUCGCACCCCAACACCUUCUCGGACACGCUCCUAGAUAACCUCGGACAAUUCCUCGGGCGCAAGCCAUACAUACGCGUCGGUGGAAACACCCAAGACUAUGCUCUGUACGAUGCUUCGCUGCCCAUUGCCCUCAACGGGACCGUCGACCCGGACCGGUCGCCGGACUACCCCACCACCAUCACGAUUGGCCCGUCGUACUUUGAGUCCUACACCACCUGGAAGGACGUCAAGUUCUCCCACGGCUUCAACCUCGGCCUCGGUGGGAGCAAGUCCGAGGGAUGGCAAACUCUGCUCGACACUGUGCCCUUGGCCUGCCAGACCUUGGGCGACGGAAAGCUGUAUCUUUGGGAGUAUGGCAACGAACCCGACCUGUUUUCCACUUCCGCCCAGGGGCCCGUGAGGUCGUCUGAUUGGAACGAGGCUCAGUACGUCCAGCAAUGGCAGAAUGGCACUCGGCAGAUCAAGGCGCUCCUCGAGGAGCAUUGUCCCGAGUUGACAGAGAGGAGUGUUUACGGCUACUUGGCCCCGUCUUUUGCAGGGACGGGGAACACCCUCAAAGCUGCGGAUGCGUGGGCCGAGGGGCUCAAUGAUGACAAGGACAUUACGUUCUUUUCGACUCACAACGGCGCAGCCUCUCCCGGCGUGACCCUCCAAGGGACGCUCAUGAACCACGCGGUCACAAAACGGUCCGUGGACGCCCACGUCGACGAAUACAACGCCAUUCUCUCACAAUCUUCCUCUUCCGACGACCCCGUGCCGCCCCUCAUCUUCGGUGAAACCAACUCGCUCUACAACCAGGGCCGUCCGGGUUUAUCCAACACGUUUGGUGCUGCCCUCUGGGGCGUCGACUUUAACCUCUACUCGGCCUCGGUCGGCUUCAAGCGCGUGCACAUGCAUAUGGGGACAAAUUACCGGUACGCCGCCUGGCAACCCGUCUUAACCGACCUCGCCACCCUCGGCACCAAAGCCCCCUACUACGGUUCCAUCACCGUCGCCGCAGCACUCGGCUCAGACCCAGCAACAGUCGUCUCCAUCCCCCUCACAUCCUCCUCCGUCUCCUCCUCGUCCUCCUCCACCGCCUCUACUUCAUCCACCUCCGCCAACUCAUCUGACGACAACGCCAACACCUCCGCCGCCGCCGACGACCUCCAACCCGAAGCAGCCUACGCAAUCUACACCUCCCAGGGCACCCACCUCACCCGCCUCGUAAUCCUCAACAUGCGCUCCUACAACACCACCCGCGACGGCGCCGGUCUCGAGCCCGUGCCCUCCCCGCCACCACGCGGCGAAACCGAGUACGCCUUCGCCCUGGAUAUCACCGGCGCUUCUUCCGCCAACAAGAUACAAGUCGGUCAGGAACUUACCGUGCGCCGGUUGCUUGCGAAUGGGAGUGAUGCGAUCACGGGGAUUACGUGGGAUGGGUGGAGUUAUAAUUAUGAGUUGGAGGGCGGGAAGCCGGUGAGGUUGGAUAAUGUGACAGUGGGGGAGACGGUGGUGGUUGGGGAGGAUGGGGUGGUCAAGGCAAGGGGGGGAAGGAAACCAGUAGUAUGA